AUGGCUCGGCGACCGGAGCCAGUUGGCGGCGCAGCGAAUGGGCUGGUAGGGGGAGAAGGGCUCGUCGGGGAAGUCAUCACAUCAGGGAACAAGGGCAGAGUCGAUGCGGUCAUUGAUGACAAGGACCUUCUUGGCAAACAACAGCAACAUGAUAACCACGAGAUUGACUAUGCGGCAUUCCACACAGAAACUGGAUACUUUACCGGGCCAAUCUUUAUGCGUACUUGGUCGGAGCUACCAGUCGACUGGUCCUGGGAGCUACUCCAUGCCCUCUUCUGUGCUUGUGCAGCGUACAUACAGAUAUCCUUCAUCACAGGGGCACCAUGGGAGGCUAAUAUUCACUUAGUCGUGGUUAUCACAUUCCUUAUGUCUCAAAGACUCUUCUAUGCAUUCUGGGGCGGUACCACUCCACACAGGCAUAGCUCCUUGAUGAGGCCAGAUGACUUUGGCGGUCAACACCGAACUGGCAUAACCAUCGCACGUGAUGUGGCAAGAUUCUUCCUGCUAGCCAUAACGUUCCUUGACGUCGGCUACUGUACAGCAGCAGUAGUACAACAGGACCUCGUGGCACAAGGAGGGGAAAAGCCUUCUUCGCUAUAUGGUUACAUAUUGGCGACCGAGUACUUCCUCCCACCGUUGCUCCUAUCAAGUGUAUCAGUAGCUCUGCUACGCCAGAGUUCAGACCUCCAUUACAAUGAUCUCACAGAUGAGGCCCUGGAUGCCCGUGUCGACGCCACUGACAAUCUCUUCCUCACCCCACUUGUUCAGAGCUUGCGCAGAAUCGUAAUCUAUGCGGCCGAGGCUAUCUGGUGUCUCGGAGUCCUACCUUGUCGCUUCGCCCGAGGCCCUCUGGCCAACGAUGUCUCCGUUGCCGACCCCCGGGUUGGACUUUUGGACUUCCUCAGUGUAUCAGCCAGCUCAGUGGUACCCGGCGGCCCUGGGUUCACUAUGCAUCUCGCACAUCUAUUGGGCAAGUGGAAGAUGAUAACAGAGCAGUCGGCUUUGAUAAGAGUUCAAGCCAUAGGGGCAGCAGCUGCUGGGAGUGGAAGCAUUGUUCGUGAUAAGGGGCGUUAUUACGAGGCACAGGCUCCUAUGAAUACCAUAAGGCCCAGCCGGAGUGGCGGCCUAUUCCAGCACAUUUGCUCGGGUCUCUACGGUAACGUAUUGGUCACUAGGCAGAUGAUAUUCACUUUGCAUGUCCUUCUAGCUUGGGUCUACUUCAUAGUUAUGGCCUAUGGUGCAUUAUUCAGCCGCUCAUGGUCAUCCUCGAUUAGUGUGUGCACCCAGGAAGAGUCCUUCCUUCCUAAGACGAUAACAUCUAUGGCGGUCCCACAUGACCUUUCCGACUUUACACUGCAUGUUGGGGAUGAGCAUACGUCUGAGGCAUGGGAGCCGCGAGACGCUGGCCAACGUGUCCUCAAUAAUACAGCAUGCACGACUUCUCGAGCGGCAUGGAUAGCACCGUGGCUUCUCCUGGUGCUAGGGCAUUCAGUACAGGUGCAUCAUAUGAGUGGGGUUUGGUCGUCGGCCAGCGGUACACCAGCAAGCCUAAGAGCAUCUCAGCAUGGGCAUCUUGACAGAGCUUGUCACCAGCGAGGCUGGAUGCCCCCAUUAUAUCAUCAGCUCAGCUCCAGCUCUGGUUCUACCGCGGCUCCAUCUACUGAUUUAUGGCUUGGUGACGCCACUUCCUCGGAGGGCGAGGGCCAUAGGGAGUAUUAUCCUGCAUGGGAGAGGCCAGGGGAAUUGACAGACUCUAUGCUCCGGAGCAUCACUACAUCCUCAACAUACAGGUUCUUCCGUUGGGCGAGGUCUUCCUCUACUGCGGGCAUUGGGUCAGCCAUCAGAGCAGCCACAGCUGCUACAAGUCCCCCAGCUGCUGCUGGUAACGGCCCUUUGACGGUCGAGGACUCUCUGGAUACAUUCCUGGACUUUAUGGCCUCUCUUACAGUAUACGAGGCUAUACCUGAUCGCAGUCUAACUGCAUGUGUGACCGAUGAUGUCCCCAUGGGCCAGGCAUGCGUCUUGCUACUGAGCGGCUUGACGGGGGAGUAUGAGCAAAGACGGGAUGAGGCAACUCCUCCAACUGCCCAGCCGAGUUCGACUAUGACGGGCACGCAAAUCGGGCCAAUGCGGCGAAUACGAGUGCUACGACGGAUUCGGUCCUCCCCUACUCCGCCCGUUGCUGCUGCUGCUGAUGAAGCUAUGACUUCAUCUGGUUGCCAAUCGCAGCAUAAUGGGGCGUAUUCCAACAAUACGGGGGAUAUGCGUGGAGAAUUCGAUUAUAAUAUUCAGAAUAUGGUACUACCACCACAAGUCGAGGAACUGGCCUAUGAUAGUCUCGAUAAGCACAGGCGUCCAGUAGCAUCAUCACCAACCAUACGGAUUGACCAGAUAGGACCAUCAACCUCAUGCCCGCCCGAGGCACCAUAUUAUAACUCCUCUACGGGUGUCCCCUGUAUGGACACAGCUUGGUUGACAGCACUGGACUUAUUCCAGUAUGCUCUUUGGUGUUAUCGUAACCAGCAUGAGGCCUUACAGUGCAUCACAGUGGAUGAAUGGAUAUCGAAGCGGACAUUACAGCCGACAGAAGUCCCCUAUCUACGCCUAGAUCAGGACAUGUCGGUCCUGCAAGCGGUAUCAUUGAUAAUCGCCACGCCGGGUGCUCAUAGUCUUUUGCUUUCUAGCGAGACUGAAUCUAAGACGGAGGUAGAGGUCUUCGCUGAGAUCAGCCUCACACAGAUAAUGGCAUUUGUGGCUAUACAUUGCAAGGGGCCGUUCUUGGCACCGGUAUUCGACUUGCCAGUGCAAGACUACAGUGCUUUAUCACACGGUCAUGUCGUCACAGUGGAUGCAAAUAAGGAUACAUUGGCUGACGUGAUGGAUGCCAUUUGUACUUGCCAGCGGCAGAUCCUACCGGUGUUGGAGAAUGGUCAGUAUGUCGGCUCCUUUACUUUGACGUCUGUCAAUCAACUCAUAACGGAGUCGGUCAAUUACAUGUAUACGGAUAGUGAGUACUCAGUACUUGGCCAUAGCAUAUCUUUGGGCAUGCGUGCUGGUGAUGCAUUGGAGUUGACUAAGCGUUAUGUUAGAAUGACCAAGGCAGCUGAGCUUAGGAGGAAGAGGCAAGCUGGGAUCACUGUACCCGAUAUGGAGGAGGACGAGCAAGAGGAUGAAGACGUUAAUGGGGAUAUAGCCCCUGUGUAUUUAUCGACGGACUUCCCGGUCUCAUUGAAGAAUAUCUUACGGUCAAUGCUGUUGGGAUCGGAGUCUCAUUCGAUGGUGAUCCUGGACCCGGAUACGCGAUCAGUUUUGGCAGUCAUAGACGCCUACGACUUGUGGAAAUUCUUAAUACAGGGCCAUGCCUCUUCGACGAACGAAUCGUCGCCGUUACAGCAAGUGAAUCAAAGCCCAGUGGGCCCAGAGGAGGAAGAGUUCGGUGACGGCUUACUUGACAUGCUGCAAGGUAAUGGAGUUGGUCUUGAACAAUAACAACAACAAUAUGAGGCGCUGCACAGAUCGUCUUCCGAUGGCUUCAUCAUUUUACCUGUCUCCCUUUCCUUGGUCCCCUAUAAUGUAAAAUUAAUAUGCUUAGACGGCUCCUUGUCAUAUUUACGAGUGAUCAUAAUAAUACUAGUAUUAGCAUUAUUAUUAUUAACAUCAUUAGCAGUAGUAGUACUAGUAGUAGUGAAGAAGAUGGGUACUUGGUGAUACAUUGUUUGUCUGCAGUUCGGUAGUAGCUUUGGUAGCGUUUUCAUCAUAGAACGUCACUAGAAUGCUCUUGCUUCAUCAGUGAGUGCUCCUCUAUGUGAACACAUGAAGAACCUACCAUAGCUGCUGCUAGAAUCCUCAUUACUAUCAUUCGCGCCUACUACCGCUGCUGCUGAUGCUGCUGGUGUCGUUACAGC